GCCGAGGGCGGGGCCAUGGGCGGAGCCUCCUUCGUCCGUCUGUCGGUCCGUUCCCGUCGGUGUGCGGGGCCCGGAGGGGCGCUCGGGGCGGCCAUGUCGGUGUUUGUGACGCGGCGGAUCCCGGCCGAGGGGCUGCGGGUGCUGUCGCAGGCGAGCGGGUGCCGCGUGCAGCAGUGGGACUCGGAGGAGCCGGUGCCGCGGGCCGAGCUGCUGUCGCGCGUGGCGGGGACGCGCGGGCUCCUCUGCUUGCUCUCCGACCGCAUCGACCGCGAGGUGCUGGACGCGGCCGGGCCCGGCUUGAAGGUCAUCAGCACCAUGUCCGUGGGCUUCGACCACCUCGCUCUGGACGAGAUCAAGAAGCGGGGGAUCCGUGUGGGGUACACCCCUGACGUGCUGACGGACGCCACGGCGGAGCUCUCAGUGGCCCUGCUGCUCUCGGCAUGCCGACGGCUGCUGGAGGCGGCCCAGCAGGUCAAGAGUGGCGGCUGGACGACCUGGAAGCCCCUGUGGAUGUGUGGAUAUGGCCUGUCUGACAGCACGGUGGGCAUCAUCGGGCUGGGCAGAAUAGGACAGGCAGUCGCCCGGCGCCUGAAGCCGUUUGGGGUCAAGAAGUUUCUGUACACUGGCAGUGGCCCAAAACCAGAAAGCGCAGCAGAGUUUGGGGCUGAGUUUGUCCCACUCACAAGGCUGGCCGAGGAGUCGGACUUCGUGGUGGUGACCUGUGCCCUGACACCAGCCACCCAGGGAAUGUGCAACAAGGACUUCUUCAGCAGGAUGAAGAAAACUUCUGUGUUUGUCAACACGAGCAGGGGGGCCGUGGUGAACCAGGAGGACCUGUAUGAUGCACUGGCCCAGGGCCAGAUCGCAGCUGCCGGCCUGGAUGUUACCACGCCAGAGCCACUGCCCACUGACCACCCUCUGCUCUCCCUCAAGAACUGUGGAAAGCUUCCCAGAUGGCUAAAGUGGGUUGCCGAGUCUGCCCAGAGGAGUCUCGGGCUCUGGAGUGCUGCUGACUGGCCAAUCUGCCAAGCUGGCCAACCUGCUGAGCCACCACGAGCCCAGGCAGCUGUUACCUGCAUAGUGCGGAGCAGGUGGGAAGGGCAGGUGCAGGACUGACACCUGUCUUCUCUGGAGGAGGAUGAGUCAGGUGAGGAAGGAUAGCUAAGAAGGGACUUGCUUG